AUGGAGCCCAGACAAUCGGAGGACCGUGCCUCAGCUCAGCGCCUGGCCGCGCUGAAGGCCGAUCGCGAUGGCAUGGAAGAGGCGUACAGCACACAGAAGGAGGCUACGAUGGCCGCUGAGGCGGCUUUGGCCGCAGCCAUGGAGGAGCAGCUGCGCUGGCGACAGCGAGUGUCGGAGCUGCGUGCCCUUCAGACCCAGCAGGCCGCGGCCAUCACCGCCGACAGUGAGCGGCGGAGGUUGGAGGCCCAGGACUCCGUGGAGCAGCGAAGCCAGCUUGAGGCCCUCUCUGCCGAGGUCCAGUCACUUCGUGACGAGUUGUCGCAGGUGGAGAAGGGUGCCAAGACCGCAGUGAGAGAGGCCGUGGCGUGUGUCGAGCAGGGCUUCUCCGCGCGACUGGUUCAGAAGGCGCAGGAGCAGCAGUCGCAGUACGAGGAGCUCCGGCUGCGGCGGAAGGCCGAGGAGGCGUACGGCCUGCGCCUGAGAAGAAGCUGCGCCGAGCGGCAGGCGGAGGUCGGUCGGCUGAGGAGGCGCUGCGCCCUGGCGCGUCUAGGAAGGGCCGCAAAGGCGCACCUCCGUGGCCGCGACUGCGCGCUAGAAGAGGCCUUGUGCAGCCUGGAGCGACUUCGCCGACGUUUCUCUAGGGAGCAGGGCGAACUCGAUGAGGAGGUGGCCCUCCGUGCCGUGGCUUUGAAAAAGGAGCUGCAAGCGGAGGAAGACAUCUUGGAGGCGGCGCGCGAGGAGCGCGACCGCGAACUUGACCGCCUCACGGACGAGGUCAAUGCGAUGAAGGAGCGCACCGCCAAGGCCAAAGAACUGCUGAGGCAGCACGCUCGUCUACAAGAGGUCGCAGGCCCUGGUGCCAAGGAAUCACAGCGCAUCCGUCGGCUGGCAGAGGCUUCUGCAGCAAGCGCAGCCUUCGAUGCGGCGGAUCGACGGGCCCGGCAAGAGCGCAUCUUCGAGGCUGCCCACGGUCCGCAUGCAGGUGACCGGCCUUUUUUGCGCCCCCGACUGGAGGGCCGCAUGCGUUGCAUCGACGAGCACAUCGCAAGGGCCAAAGGCGAGGGUCUUCAGCGCUCGCAAAGCGAAGAUCGCUUGGGAGGGCGUUAUCUGAUGCAGCGGACGGCAGGCGCCAACUCGCGCUGA